UUCUUCUCCUGUAGAUUCCUGUCUAAACAAAGAAGAUACCUCUGUUGUAUUUGAAGUAAUUCAAGCCCCAUCGAUUUUGGUGAUCACUGCCCUGCCGUCAUUAAGUAACAGUAAAGAAUUUGAAUAAAAAAUAGAAGAAGAAACUGCUUGUCAAUCUUGCACUUGAAACUGUAAUAACAGAGGAUUCCAGACUGGAUAAAAUUUGAUGUAAUUUCUUGAAGUCGAAAGCAUGCUUCUAUUACUCAUCUUAAAUUGAAAGUAAAGUUCAGUAUGGCUCUUCCUGUUCAUAUACAACCCACGAUGGUCUCUGUGGUUUGCUGCUUCAGUCUCCAGAAUGUUAAUUAUACCGAUCAUCCCCUAAGUUACCCAAACCAAGAUGUUUUUGAUCCUUUUUUCUCAAGCUUCAACAGCAGUGAUUAUAGCUGGUUGGGUGACAUUGACACUUUGGACUUUACAAUCAACGCCACAUCUGAUCACAUGUUCAGGGACACAUCAUCUCCAAGGCCGUACUACGGCGACCACUUUCGGACAUUUCGAAGUCAGUACUUGGCUGUACAUGGUUAUUUAGGCGUUAUAGUUUGCAUUUUUGGAAUAUUCGCCAACGUAUUAAACAUCAUCGUACUGACAAGGAAAGAUAUGAUAUCUCCUACUAAUGCAAUACUUACGGGCUUAGCAGUGGCCGAUAUGUUGGUCAUGGUAUCAUACCUGCCUUUCUGUAUUCAUAAUUAUAUCAGAAUCAACCAACCACCAGAGCAAAAGUUCUCAUACGCAUGGGCUGUUUUCACUUUAUUCCAUGCUCAUUUUACCGUAGUUUGCCAUACUAUAUCUACGUGGCUUACAGUAACACUUGCUGUUUGGCGAUUUCUUGCAGUCAGUUUUCCAGCUGCCAGCAAAACUUGGUGCAGUAUGCCUCGGGCAAAAUGUGCAAUACUUUGCACAUAUCUGAACUGUGCGUUAUUUUGUCUGCCUGUAUACUUGACCUUCACUAUCAUAGAAGUAGCACAUAAUGAGAAACUUUUCUAUCGUGUUUCCUUCAGUGAAAUCGCGCAAAGCAAUCACCAAGCUCUGGAGAAAGUAAACUUUUGGAUCUUCAGCGUGCUGACUAAGCUGAUACCCUGCAUAGCACUGACUGGAUUAAGUUUGGGGCUUAUUAAGGUAUUAUAUGAAGCGAAUAAGAGAAAACAGAGAUUGAAAAACCGCGUCGAGAACGACAAAACUCAUGAUAGAACAACGAGAAUGCUUCUCGCUAUUCUACUUCUCUUUCUUAUUACGGAAUUUCCUUCAGGAAUUGUUGCACUUCUUAGCGGCAUCCUAGGAAAGGCGUUCUUUGACAACGUUUACCUCAAUCUGGGAGAAGCCGUAGACUUACUAGCUCUAGUAAAUAGUGCUAUUAACUUCAUUCUUUACUGUUCUAUGAGUCGACAAUUUAGAGAUACAUUUGCCAGCCUCUUCACUCCAAAAAUCGUCUCUAAAUGGAUGGCUGUGCCAACGGAACCUAACACAACAGUUGAUACUACUUGUGUGUGAUCAACCACUGGAGUGUGAAAUCACUAUGGUAUAGAGCGCAAAACUAUUCAGCAAUGCAGUUUUUGAAUAAUACUGCCACUAGUAGACAGACGCUUAUCAAACGUUGAUCUCAGCUAAAUUUUAGGUAACAUCUGAUAACUCAAGCUGCAACACUUUGGAACUUUUCAGUAUGAAAUUUGAAUAUUAUGGGCUGCAAAUAAUAAUAGUGAAAUAUAUGUUACGCUUCUUAAAAUUAUUUAAAAUCAAAAUCUAUUACAUUUUGUAGCAAUUGUUACUUAGUGAAGUAUCUUGAAUUCCACAAACGUAAAAGAAACCUACGUAUAAACAUGUGAUAUUUGGUCACAAAAUGUGUAAUUAUGCUAUUGGUACUAUAAACGUGAAUUAGCAAUUCGUUAUUUCUUCAUGCUGCAAAAUAUAGAAUUUUUCCUAUAUCGGGUUUCGUGGCCCAUUUAUAUCAAAAAAGAGAUUCAUGACUUAGUUGUAUGCUGCUCUGGAAAUAAUAGUAUACACUUUGAUUUGCUAAACUUUAUAGGAAAUGGAAGGUACUUGAGUUAUCUAUAACUUACUCACACAUAUAUACUCCUAGUUGUUAGUGGUGACUUGUGAAAAUAUUAACUUUCUAAAGCUACAAGCGCAGGAAGGAAAUGUGAUUUUAUUAGAAAUAAAAGCAAAGCAAAAAAACUCAGUUUUGGAAGUGCAUUGAUUUAAGGGAAAAGAGUAAGAAAAACUAUUUCUUGUAUUUGACGCAGUUGUGCAGAACAUUUCUGGGCUAUUACAUGAACAAGCACUCAUUCGAUUAUUUUACAAAUAAUAUGACAUAUCUUCUGAAGUGUCCGUAACUUCCACUAUUGGAUGAUUACUUCGGAUUUCUACUAAAACUUACUUUGCACGACAAUUAUCUACUUUAUUUAUUUUCUGGGUAACUGCUUAUUUAAAUAUUCAAUAGAGCUGCUCUGAAUGACGAACUUCAAUGAAACUUUUGCCGUUCAAUUUAUGGUAAGAGUGUAAAACUGAAAACCUUUAUCCUAUUUUUUUUGUGUGUAUUCUUGGUGAUUAUUUUAAUAAUUUUCAGUAACAUUUAUUCAAGUAUUGCUUUUAAAUUUAAAUGUAAAUUAACACCAAAUGUGCAACAAAAAUGUUUAAAACGUUUUACACAAAUGUAAUAUGUUAUAUCUUAGAAAUGAAAGUUUAAUUUAAUACCUGGUUUCUUUAUGUAUAUGAUACGUUAUGUACCAAACAUUAUUUUCCUCUAGUAUAUUUUAUGUCUUUAAAACUAACUGAUAUUUUUUUCCUUUUUAUUCAAUAACCAAAUAUUUUGGUAAGAGUAGGUUUCAAGAGUGAAUGAGUGAGAGUUAAUUAAUUAUUCAUUAAUCUUCUGUAUGUUUUACUUUGAAUUAAAUAAAUCGUAAGAUUUCAGUGAUUCAUUAUAUCAAAAUACUUUUUUUAAAUUUGGAAAAUAAACAUCUCAAUGUCAUUUUCAUGUAUUAGUAUAUGAAUUUAAGUGUAUGUACAGUGCCAAACAUAAAAGUCGUUUAGUACAAAUGUGCCCUUGUAAAGUUAUCGUUACACAAGGUAGUUUCAAUCAUAAGUACUUCUUCCUAUUUAAGUAUUUAAAUGUGAGUUCUGUUAAUAAUUUGAAGUAAUACUUUGAGAUAAGAAACAGGUUUUGUUUUUCUAUAUAACUUGAAAAUUUUAGGAAAAAAAAAAUGAUUCAGCUAAUUCACAUGAAAAUUUGUCUGCAUUUUAUUCUCGAAGUUUUCAGACGAGUAAAAUUUGUGAACUUAGUUUAAAAACGAACGUAAAUACUUGAAACCAGGAUCUUUAUGUAUAUGAAAAUAUGUAAAAUACAAGAUUCUCUGCAACUAAAUCUCUCGGUUCCAACAGUAAAUAUUCUUUGUAAAAAUGUUCCUUCUUAUUAUUCAAAAUAUAUGAUCAUUAAUAUAUUUAUUAUAUAAAAAUAUUACAUUUUAAUAUUGAUGGGCUCUAUAAGAAUGCUUAAUUAAAUUUAAGUUUCCGGAGAAAAUAACUUUCAUUUAAAAUGUUCGUACUUCUUGAGAUACAUUUACAUAAAAUUACUGAAAAACAAAAUUGCAUCUUUCAUUGCUCAGUUUACAAUUUAACGAUUUUCAGUUACCUACUUAUCGAUAACAUCAAGAAUUGAGUAUACUUCUCAUGACACUUCAAAGACUGUCAUUUUCAGAAACGAGGAAAAUCUAAUUAAAGCGUCCUGUGCAAAAUAUUGGGGAAAAUAACAGAAAAUGACGCCAGACACACAAAUAUAAAUAUCCCGGAGAUUUCACGAAAUUAAAGGGGGAAAUAGCUUCCUUCCUUUGCUACUGGGGUAAUCUAAAAGACAUUUCCCUUUUAUUAUUUUUGAACCGGUUUACAUUGCGUAAAAGACAAUUUUUGAAAAGGAUAAUACUAAAAUAUGCCAUAUACAUUCUGUUUAAGCUUAAUUUCUGCUUUAAAAUUGCACGUUUUUCAGUGCAUUCAUACAUAUGGAUUAAGAUUAAGAUUUUCAUACUUUUCAAAAAUAAAUUUUUCGUAUAAAUCUGUUCCACAAAUAACUUAAAUGUUUCAUGUUUUAUUGACUUAACUGUUGAUGAUUAAGCUUUACAUAGCGCACUUAUUAGCUUAUAGUAAUACAGAUUUGCACUAUCUGAUUCAUACAAAUAAUUUGAAAUUGAUUUUUACAUUUACUUAAUUUUUUUUGUCCCUUUUGUAAAAAAAAAAAAAAAGAAGAGCGAAGAAAGAGUGAAUAUAAUUUUAAAAAAAUGAAUGAAGAGAUUAGAAGAACGCUAGUGUUAUCUAGAAGUGUCAAGAAAAGACUUUAGUUGUAAUUUGGAGAAAAUAUCAGGUUGAGCCUAACUCUAUCAAACAUAAAUGCUUCUAAGAUCUCUAAUAUAAAACUUUUGAUAUGAACAAAACCUGUAAAAUUAUUUACAAUUAAUUAAUUACAUUUAAUUACAUUUAAUUAAUUAAAGCUGUAACUAUUUAUAUUUAAUUAUAUUUUUAACACGAAGAUUUGAUAUAAA